CCCUCCUCAUUUCUUCCAGUCUGGAUUUUCUCUGCAGAUGCUGAGCAUCCUUUCAGAGCUGCUGCUUUCUCAAAUCUCUGCACAGGUGCUCACACACAGGGAAGGAAGGAAAGUGCCAUUCACAAGAUCCUUCUGUGAACCUAUUCUGCAAAAGAGGGACUUUUUCUCCCUGCCUCUUUUCUGCUUCACCUGUGAACGAGAAUUAAGAGUGCAAAUUCUCAUCGGUGUUACAGCGCUCACCAAAAUUGAUGGCAUGUCCUUGGGCUGUUUCCUGUUCUCAGAAGCUUUUGAUUUGGGAAUUCCUGUGUCUCAGCUCUCCUCUGCUUCACACUGUUUGACUUCUUUUCAGCUUCUCAAAGCAGAACACUGCAAAUCUAGCUUAACAGGAAAGCCCUAUGCUAUUCUUUUCGGAUUUCUGGGUGGCAGAGAGCAUCCCAUCAGUGCCCUGAUACCUCCAACCAGCUGCUGCCUCCCUUGGGUGUCGGCGCUCAUCCCUUACCGGCGGGGCCCGCCGGGGGGAAGGGGGGAAGGCCCGGCGGUAGGGAGGGGGAAGACCGGGGGCAAGAGACGAAGGCCCGGCGGCAGGAGAGGGAAGGCUCUCUCAGACCGCCGAGGCGCCGUCCGGGCCUUCAGCCCGCAGCCCGGCGGGGUCACGUCCCGCCCGGCCCCUCAGGCCCCGGCCCGCUCCUCAGCCGCGGGAAGCGCCGCUGAGGGACGUUUCCCGUCCCCCCCCCCCCCCCGCCCCCUCCGGGAGCGGGCGCCCGCCGCGGUGCACGCCGGGCGGGGGAAGCGGAUGGCGCCUGCGCGAGGCGUCUGCCCGCUGUCCAAUGAGCGGUGGCGGCGCGAGGCCGGGGGCGGGGCCCGAGGGCGGGGCGUUGGGAUGUGA